UUUCGGGCCCCUCCUUCAGUGGAGCAUCCUCUGUACCCCUCACAGACAGACGGACGUAGACAGCUGGUCGUUCCCUGGAGCACCGGAGCCGUGGACAGCUCACGGGGACCAGCCACAGACUUAAGCCCGGGGAUGGCGUCGCUCGGCGUGGGUCUCCAUCCCGUCCGCAAGCGCGUUGCAGGCAGGAGUGCCGUGGUGGAGAGGAAAAACCUGCUGACCGUGUGCAGGUUUUCAGUGAAGACUCUGCUGGACCGCUCCUGUUUCGAGACCAUAGAUGACUCAUCUCCAGAGUUCAUUAACUUUGUUUCCAUCCUGGAGCACAUCCUCAGCCAUCGACUCAAAGGUCAGAUGUCUUGGUUCGGCUACGAGACUCCUCGGAGUUUCUGGGAUUACAUAAAAGCUGCCUGCAGUAAAGUACCUCAUAACUGCAUCCGAAGCAUUGAGAGCAUGGAAAAUGUGCGAUCAUCUAGAGCGAAGGGCAGGGCGUGGAUCAGAGUCGUCCUGAUGGAGAAAAGACUUUCAGAGUACAUCACAUUUGCACUGAGGGACUUCAGAACCAGCAGGAGGUUUUAUGAGGACGGAGCGAUCAUGCUGGGAGAGGAAGCUGGGCUGUUAGCCGACACGCUCAUCGGACUCAACACCAUCGACUUCAGCUUCUGUCUGAAAGGUGAGGGUCUGGAUGGCAGCUGCCCUGCCGUGAUUGACUACACGCCUUACUUGAAGUUCACUCAGAGCGCAGACAGCAUCAGCAGUGACGAGGAGGAGAUGAGGACUCUGGGGAGCAGUGGCAGUGAGAGCAGCACACCUGACAAAACAGCCACGGCUGCCUCCAUCUUUACUGAGCAGAGCAACCUGGUCAGCAAGUGCAAACGCUUCGAGCAGAAGUAUCGCAUGGCACUGGAACAAAAGGGCUACCUGGAAGAGCUUGUCCGUCUACGAGAAGCCCAGCUGUCAGAAGCUGUGUCCCAAAACAAAGCCCUUCAGCAGAGCCUGGCAGACACACACCUCUCCCACACACUGGAGAAAGAACAGCUUGAGUAUAUCAUAUUGGAACUACAGGACCAAUUGACAGUGCUUAAGAACAAUGACUUGCGAUCUAGACAAGAGUUAACAGCUCAUCUGACCAAUCAGUGGCCAUCUCCCGAUGCCAUGGAUGCCAAUGCUGUUGCCUUGGAUACGCUGCUGUACAGGAAGACUACAGGACAGUGGGAGGAGAAGAGUUUCCAGAGUCUGGAGCAGCUCUCUGCAGACAUGAGCAUUUCCCAGAAUUCUCUCGAACCGUCCCACACGCUGAGUCUGGAGGCCAGGUCGGCCAACUCAAAGUGGACUCACCAAGGCAAAGAAGAAACUCCUUCUCUAAGAGGUCUGUGUGGCUCCCUGACCUCAGUCACCAGCUACAAGUCUCUGGCCAGCCUGAGGUCGAAUGAAUGUUUGGCCAGUCCUACAACAGAGAUCAGCAGCCCAGGUUUCACUCCUUCAUAGGGAAUGAAGAGUUAAAAACGCCUUUUGGCCAGGGCCAGAUAAUCCAGGAACCUUCUCCGUGUUGGAAAUUGUUUGUAGAGGUUUAUGUUAUGUAUGUGGAACUUGAGGAUCUGGUGUAGCAUGAUCUUAACCAGCUCCAUCAGUCUGAAUGACGUCUUAAUAACGUUCCACACCGAUGAAAUGACAGAGGAUCUUCAAAUGGAACUUCAUCAGUAUAUGUUCAGUGUUUUGUUUUGUUCUUUUAUCUGUGGAGCAUUGUUGAUUUCUAUUUUCUAUUUUCUUUCUAUUUUAGUAUUAGUCUGAAUUAUGUCACUUUACAGCCCAGAGGGGGCAGUGAAAAGGCUGCGCCUCUCUUAGGCUCUAGAGAUUAUACCAUACUGAAAAUGCUAACUGUAGGUCAGAGGUCUGAGGGGGAAAAAAUGAAAGACUACAAACCAGAGUGUCACUGAAUUGUUUUCUGUUGAUAAAGGGAUUUAUUCAUAUUUUUGGUUCUGUUGGUGGUGCCAUAAAUCACCCUUUUCUUCUAUUUGUGAUGGUUAAUGUGCCUGUGUUUUGUCUCAGUACGUCAUCAGUGUUUGGGAUGAGGCAGUCUUUGUUGUCGGGUGUAGAUGUUUUUCUUCAGUUUUUCAUCAGCUUUAUGUUGCCACUGUUGUGUAUCAUGCAGUAUCACGUGGUUUUGUUCUCAGGUAAGGAUCACUAUGAGUAAUAACCACCCCAAAUUUCUGGGUUUUAUUUUAAAGUUGAGCUUUAUUCCCUUUAAUUAUUAAAAUGCAGUAUUUCACUGUAAUGGCUGGUUACCGUGGAUAGAUCAUUGUUUAAAGUCUGUGUUGCGAUUCAGUAUGAAUACAAUUUGUAUUGUUGGUAACUAAGCCGUGUACCUCAACACUAAACUCAUUACUUUUUGCCUUCACCUCGUUCCAGCAGUCGUUUGCACAGACAUACAGCAGAUGUUUUACUGGAUUUACCUUGUUAUUCUUUAUUUGAAUAAACUCCACUGAAACACCGACAACUUGAUGGUGACAUUUGAGUUUCUUGUCAACAGCAACAGGUGUGAGGAAAAGGUAAUCGGGUAUAGAAAAUGACACAUUUUCAUAUAGUACAAUCUGAAUAAUGCUAUUUUAUUUACACUCAUGCUGUAGUGGCACUCUACUGUGCAAAAUCAAGGAGACAGUUUUAGGGGUCCUCACAACACAGAGGAGUGAAAUGGAGACAAAUCUUGUGUCUCCAAUUUAAGGAGUUCAGGCACAGAGCACAUGAUCUCAGUGAGAUACAUGGAAAAUUAUUGUACGAUCUACUGUACAAUAUAAAGCGCCUUGAGGCGACUGCUGUUGUGAUUUGGUGCUAUAUAAAUAAAAUUGAAUUACUAUAUAUUACUAAUAAAAAGUCUUUC